UGAACGAGCAUUGCGUUUUGUUCUGAGAUCUGCUGAGUUAUAAUUGCACGAGUUUCGUACCGAUUAUUAAAAUAUUAAACCGUUUAAUUGCGUAAAAUAUGGCACUCGCAAAGCCAAAAUCGGAGCUGACGCCGGAAGAGCUGGCCCGCCAAGAGGAGGAAGAAUUCAAUACGGGUCCGCUGUCGGUGCUUACCCAAUCGGUGAAAAACAAUACUCAGGUUCUGAUUAACUGUCGCAACAACAAAAAGCUGCUGGGAAGAGUGAAGGCUUUCGAUCGCCACUGCAACAUGGUCCUGGAGAACGUCAAAGAAAUGUGGACAGAAGUGCCACGAACAGGGAAGGGCAAGAAAAAAGUAAAACCGGUUAACAAGGAUCGGUUUAUAUCAAAAAUGUUCCUUCGCGGCGAUUCGGUCAUACUGGUUCUGCGUAAUCCACAAGCCACUGCCGCAGGAAAAUAAGUCGAUGCAUACAAAAUAAUUUUUAAGAUAAGUUUUUAUAUUUCCUUCGUGAAUGAUAAACGAAUAAAUUGUAAUG